AGCUGGUUUUUUGUUUGUUUUGGUUUGGUUUGGUUUGGUUUUUUUCUCUCCUGGCUGUACAGUGUUGCUUUUCACUUCCUUCACUUUUUCUGGAGUUUUAUUCAACAUGCCAGCUCACUCAUUACAGUGGAAAAAAAAAAAGCUUGCAUUUAAUGUCCACUUCUGCUUCUGGGUGUACACAUUUCAUUGCUCUGUCAUUCCCAUUUGUGAAAUGAGGAGUAAUUAUCACAUUAAAUUUGACUGAGUGACUAGGAAAGAUCCAUUAACUUUCUGCAUAAAAUGAUACUUCAUGCAAGGCUUGUUUUCCUGGUAGGAAAUAUGUUUAGAAGGACUAGGAGAGGUGAGUAGCUGUCUGUAACUUAGUCUGAUGCUUUCAUUAGAGACUUCUUGUCCUUAAACUGUCUCACAAUAUACAUACAUAUAGGCAUCAGACCAGGAUGUCAACCUUGUUUGGGGGGUUUGGUGGCUCUUGCACAGAAUGAAUACCACUUUUUACAUGUUGCAUGUUGUCUCUGUAAAAGAUAGACUACAACUUUGGCUUGAACAUUGACAAAACAAAUCAAAAUAAAACAUGGAGGAUUAUUUCUGUGGCCACUCAAAUCAGGUGUAGUGGACUAAGGUCAGCGACAUGGCUUGCCCAGUACCGUGACUGGAGAUGCAUGGAAUGCAGGCUUGUAUCUGAGUGGAAAAUACAUCUACAGGAUGUGAGGUAACUAUUUUUCUUAUUUGGCAUACAUAAUUAUUUUACACUUGGUUUUUGGUUGGUAGAGUGUAUCACAGCCUCUCUGAAAUAGUCAGAAUUUGUGAUAAACUGGAUGAGCUGGCAAGCUCAGGGUUACAGAAGCCCAAUUCUCAUCUCUUUCAUCUUUGAUUUCCCUUUUAAGCCCAAACACAAUUAACAUUUUGAGAGACGGUCCACAGCAAUAGUUUGUUUUUGUAAUAUAGUGCAUAGCUAUUUUAGUGUAUUUGAUCCGAAUGUGUUUCUGAUUCUGCCCUUCAUGUAUUUCAUCAAAUUGAGUUUUAAUAUGGCAGCUGCCAGGCUAGACUCUAAUCUGUUUUUGAUGUUAAGUAUUGUUCAUGCGAAUUCCCUUAAAAUUUCAGAGUUUUUAUCCCAUGCUCUUAAAAUGUAUUUCUCUCCCCCACUCUUUAUUUUAAUGUGAAAACAUCUAUGCUCUAUCUGUCUAAAACAAGAUGGACAUACACCUUUUUUGCUUAAAUGAGAUUGGGAAGCAAGUGAGAUAGUUUCAUGUUAUCUAGAUACUAUUUCAUUACUUAGAAGCAUAAAUUUACACUGAAAUAUGGGCGUGUAUUACUAUCUUGCACAUUAGCAACAUCAGGACUGACUCAUUUUGUAGUGAGAAAGCUGUUCUGAGAUGUUAAUUACAGAGAUGGAUUAAUUUCCAUCUCCUUCCACCCGCCCUUCAUGCAUCUAUUCCAUGCUGUGUUUAGGGAACUCUUAGCAUAUAUAGGAACUACAGAGAAAGUGUGGACUAGAUUAAAGUUUCUGUAAAAACUCUGAAUUUGUUAUAUGUUGUUUUCCCUUUUAUGUUAAUAAAAAUUAUUUUUGUAUCUGCAGAUCCGCUUUUAUUUUUAUUGAAUAACUGGAAAGAGCUCAAUACUAUUCCAGCAUGCUGGAACCAUGAAAUCAAGUGAUAUUUGUUUCCAGAAGCUGGUAAAAUUGUGGCCUGGUUUUAGAUUCUGUUAGCAAAGGCAAGACUAUCUCUGACCUUCAGAUCAGCUUUGGAUACACCUUUAAGAUCUCUAGCACAUCUGAUGUUUUUCCAUUUGUCGUGAUGGAGAGGGCUCUUAGUCGGUAAAAUCAGUCUCAAGCACAGAAAUCGCACAGAGCCUAUGCAGCAUGUUAGAUGUAGGGCCAAGAAAAAGGAAUAAAUUCUUUCUUUAUUACUGCCCUAUUUUGAUAAGCGUUCACAUCUCCUUAUGAGCUUACACCUUUCAAGUAGGUCCCUGCUGAGAUGGAAUAUGAUACAUCCAACAGCUGUUGCAAAAAUCAAUGGACUGCUGCUGCUAAGAAGGAAACAUCUUCACAAGAAAUGCAGGUCAAGGAGGCUGAUGAAGGAGGCAUCGAAACUCAGAAAAUAGCAGAAAGUUGCCAAAGUGUGUACAUCAGAGCACAGUAAGACUGAAAGGGGCUGAUGCCUGGAAUGGGAGAAGAGAGAGAAGGAUCAUUUGGCAAAAGGGACCAGCAAGAAGCUAGAGACUGAUUAAGGGAGAGCCUCCACUGAUCCAUAUAGUUUUCUUACUGAGUCUCUGCUUUGGAAAUUGUGAAGGAGUUGAUCAUAAUGGUGAAUGAGAUGCUCUGCUCAGCAAAGCUCCAAGAGCUAAGGACCAGACUGACUGGUGAUCUAUACUUAUGCAUUAAUAAAUAAGCAUUUUAUUUCUUUUGAGUACAAUGCCAUAGGGUGUUUUAAGUAGUAUAAUUAGUUUGCUGUUAAAUAGGAAAAGAUAUUCUAUUAUAGAUAGAUAGAUAGAUAGAUAGAUAGAUAGAUAGAUAGAUAGAUAGAUAGCAAGACUAGAAAGUUAGUUACCUUUUGCAAAACGUGAACCAUAAUUUAAUUGAAUAAUUUUAUAAUAUAAUUUAAAACCUCAGGAGUUAGAAGUUUGGAGGUUGCUUCUAGACUAAUAGCUACAGACUGUUGGCUCAGCCUGCUGGAAAAGCUGUUCCUCUAGACUAGUUUUUGGCAGAAAGAUCUUAUGUAAAUCAUAUAUUUAACAAUAUAUGACACAGUUCUUAAUUUAAAAAAAAUUUUUUUUUUAAAUUUUUUAAAAAAAUGAGAAUUCUUUUUUUCCUAAAGACAAUAUUUAAAAGCUGACCAUUACCUAUAUAUUAUUUAAAUAAAACGCAGUAAGAAUAUGCAAAAAUUGAAUGGUUUUAGAGCUUUUUGUCAUUGGUUCUCCCUAAGAUCUGUUCAGAAUCAGCUUAUCUUUAAAGUACUUUGUGGGGCUUUACAGCAGCCACCCAAGAAAGAUGUCCAGAACGAUGACUGAUCUCAGAGAAGAGCUGUGGCAUAUUUUAAAAAGUUUUGUAAAUUGAAAUGAAACUGUGACCCACAGAAACAAUUGUUGUCUGGUGGUUUGGGGUUUUUUGCAAGCUUGAGUAUAUUUACGAAGAGGAAGUCUGAAGAAGAGUAUCCAUUACUAAAUGCAAUUAAAGGCGAGGGAAAAACAGCAGCAACUUACUGCAAUUCUUGUAAAGAGCUUUGCUAAACUCCUGGGAAUAGAAGCCACUGAUGCUUCUGGUUCCAGAAUUGUUCUUAAUGAGCUUAUUAUUCUAUUCUCUGUUCUCUGGUGAACUUCCCUUGAUUCUAAAAGUCAUCAGGCACAUAACACUUUUGCAGACAAAUGAAGUGGAGAACCAAACUCUGAGGGCUUUUCAGUCUGGACACCGUCGAGGAGGAAUAUCUGGCACCACAUUCCUAUAGAUCAGAGGGUGUUUACUGACACUGGAUUAUUUUGCGGAAGACAGGAUUUUUUGCAAUAUUUACUGCCUACUCAUCAUGUCUUCCAUUCUUGGGAAGAUGAAGAAAUUUGGCAGUUCUGACAUGGAGGAAUCUGAAGUGACAGAUGAACACAUGGAUGGGGAGGACUCCAUGCUGGAAAUGCCUGACAGCUUCCAGGGUUCACUCAGCACCAAGGUGCAGCCACCCAAAAGCAACAUCUUUGCAAGACGUGGGCGGUUUGUGAUGGGGGAUAGUGACAAGGACAUGGCUCCCAUGGACUCCUUUUACCAGAUGGAUUACCUGAUGGCACCUUCUGUCAUCAAAUUUCAUGCCAAUUUGGAGAGGGGGAAACUUCACAAGCUCUUAUCUACAGAUUCCAUCACGGGCUGCUCAGAAAAAGCUUUCAAAUUUUAUGACCGCAGAAGGAUCUUUGAUGCUGUAGCCCAAGGCAACACAAGGGACCUGGAUGAUCUGCUACUCUACCUUAAUAGAACCUUGAAGCAUCUCACAGAUGAUGAGUUCAAAGAGCCAGAAACUGGGAAAACCUGCUUACUGAAAGCCAUGCUGAAUCUACAUGAUGGGAAAAAUGAUACCAUUCCCUUGCUGCUGGAUAUUGCAAGGAAAACUGGAACUCUGAAAGAGUUUGUUAAUGCAGAGUAUACUGACAACUACUACAAGGGCCAGACUGCACUUCACAUCGCCAUUGAGAGAAGAAACAUGUACCUGGUGAAGCUUUUGGUCCAGAACGGAGCAGAUGUUCAUGCAAGAGCCUGUGGGGAGUUCUUCAGGAAAAUCAAAGGGAAAUCUGGCUUUUAUUUUGGGGAGCUGCCUUUGUCCCUGGCUGCCUGCACCAACCAGCUCUGCAUUGUGAAAUUUCUCCUCGAGAACCCCUACCAGGCAGCCAACAUCACCGCUGAGGACUCCAUGGGUAAUAUGGUCCUGCACACACUGGUGGAGAUUGCAGAUAAUACUAAGGAUAAUACCAAGUUUGUUACCAAGAUGUACAACAACAUAUUGAUUCUUGGUGCCAAAAUUAAUCCAAUCCUGAAGCUAGAAGAACUCACCAACAAGAAAGGGCUGACUCCAUUAACUCUGGCGGCCAAAACAGGGAAGAUAGGGAUUUUCGCUUAUAUCCUCAGACGAGAGAUCAAAGAUCCUGAGUGCAGACAUUUGUCUAGAAAGUUCACUGAAUGGGCUUACGGACCUGUCCACUCAUCUCUUUAUGACCUGUCCUGUAUAGACACAUGCGAGAAAAAUUCAGUGCUUGAGAUUAUUGCCUACAGCAGUGAAACACCAAACCGUCAUGAGAUGCUGCUGGUGGAACCCCUUAAUAGGCUGCUGCAAGACAAGUGGGACCGGUUUGUCAAACACUUAUUUUACUUUAACUUCUUUGUCUAUACGAUACAUAUCAUCAUCCUCACCACAGCUGCUUACUACAGACCUGUAGAGAAGAAGGAAAAGCCUCCCUUCACGUUUGGUCAUAGCACUGGGGAAUAUUUUCGAGUGACUGGAGAGAUCCUGAGUGUACUGGGAGGUCUCUAUUUUUUUUUCAGAGGGAUACAGUAUUUCGUGCAGAGGCGCCCAUCAUUCAAGACGCUGAUAGUUGACAGCUACAGUGAGGUUCUUUUCUUUGUUCACUCCUUGCUCCUCCUGAGCUCUGUGGUGCUGUACUUCUGUGGCCAGGAACUGUACGUGGCUUCCAUGGUCUUCUCCUUGGCGCUGGGCUGGGCUAACAUGCUGUACUACACCCGUGGCUUCCAGCAGAUGGGCAUUUACUCUGUCAUGAUUGCCAAGAUGAUCCUUAGAGAUUUAUGUCGCUUCAUGUUUGUCUAUCUAGUAUUCCUUUUGGGAUUUUCUACAGCUGUGGUGACUUUAAUUGAAGAUGACAAUGAGGGGCAAGACACAAAUAGCUCUGAAUAUGCCAGAUGCUGCCAUAUGAAACGAGGCCGCACAUCCUACAAUAGUCUGUAUUACACCUGCUUGGAGCUUUUCAAGUUCACUAUUGGGAUGGGGGACCUGGAGUUCACAGAGAACUACAGGUUCAAGUCUGUGUUUGUCAUCCUUUUGGUUCUCUAUGUCAUCCUUACAUACAUCCUCCUGCUCAACAUGCUUAUUGCACUGAUGGGGGAAACUGUGAGCAAAAUCGCACAGGAGAGCAAGAGCAUCUGGAAACUCCAGAGAGCCAUCACAAUCCUGGAUAUUGAAAACAGCUACUUGAACUGUGUGAGGCGCUCGUUCCGGUCUGGGAAGCAAGUCUUGGUGGGGGUCACACCUGACGGCCAAGAUGAUUACAGAUGGUGCUUUAGGGUUGAUGAAGUGAACUGGUCCACGUGGAAUACUAAUCUGGGCAUAAUCAACGAAGACCCUGGGUACUCUGGGGACCUCAAACGAAAUCCCAGUUACAGUAUUAAGUCUGGCAGAGUUUCAGGGAAAAACUGGAAAACAUUGGUUCCACUUUUAAGAGAUGGAAGCAGGAGAGAAGAGACUCAAAAACUGCCAGAAGAAGUCAAAUUAAAACCUAUUUUGGAACCUUAUUACGAGCCAGAAGAUUCUGAGCCAUUGAAGGAGUCACUUCCAAAGUCAGUCUAAUCUUAUUUUAUUUUUAAGAAGAAGGUUAAUUCUAGUUGCCUGUGUUGGUCCUCACAAGCAGGGCAAUUAGAGUACGUUAUUCAUACGAAAAGGGAUUUUUGGAAAAAGGUCAGAGGACUUAGGAAAUUACUGUGUGCAAGGAUUUAUUAAGUGUGCUAAAUAAACUACUUGUUGUUUAA